AUGAAGGGAUACGUCUACGCUACGUCUUCGGGCCGCGGCGGCUUGAGGGUGAUGAGUGGAGGAGGCCAGCCCGGCAGUCUACUGCUAGCCUGCAUCGCUGGUCUCCGUGAUAGCCACGCUCCGGGGGGGCUAGGAGUGGGAGUUGAAGUGUGUUGGUACCUCGCUAGUAGUCCAUCGAUCCGGCCCUGCUCGGUCAAGCACAGUAAGGUGGCAGGCGGACAACGGUCACAUAAAGGGAGUCUGGGCUAG